AUUGUUCCUUAGCGUAAAAUUUCAAACCUUGUACCUUGUAUGUCACCCACCACAAAAAGUAACAACCUUUUCCCUUGUGGAAGGAAUGUUCACCCCUUGUCUCUUCUAGUGUCUCAAACAAGAACACUUGUAUUCUAUCAUAUCAUACAUACAUAAAUACCAUACAUAUCCUCAUUUCAACCAAGUUCAUCAUAGGGUUUCCUUAUUAUUUCCAUUAGUGAACAUUUGAAUCUCACUAUGGAGGGACAUGAAAUUUUGGGGUUCGGUUUCUUUGUAAUUGGUUUAUGGCACUUUUUCAACCACAUUAAGCUCCAUUUUCUUUCUUCUUCUUCUCUCAAAUCCUACUCAUCAACCCUAUGGUUUCCAACCAAACUAAGUCGAUACCUCGAGCUUCAUUUCAUCAUGGCAAGUUGCAUGAUCUUCAUAUCUAUGGAACUUUUCAUCUCACCUCUUCAUCACCAACCAUUUGACCCUAAAGAUGGAACCAUUCCCUCUAACCAUCUUCACAACUUCGAACACUCUUCCAUGGCUUUGUCUUUCUUACUCUAUGCUACAUUUUCUAUAAUUCUUGAUAGAAAAAUAACCAUUGCUAAAAGAACUCAAAAUGAACUCACUCAUUUGCUUGUAGCUAUAGCAUUUGCUCAACAGUUUCUCCUUAUUCAUCUUCAUUCAAGAGAUCAUAUGGGGUUAGAAGGACAGUACCAUUACUUAUUGCAAGUUUUGAUUUUUAUUUGUUUUUCGACGACCCUUAUGGGAAUUGGAUUUCCCACGAGUUUCUUGGUGUGUUUUGUGCGUUCCGUUGGGAUAAUCUUUCAAGGUCUUUGGCUUAUGUUCAUGGGGUUCAUGCUUUUUACACCUGGUUAUCAACCCAAAGGCUGUUUCAUGAAACCUGAAGGGGAUCAAUAUGUGAUUAGGUGCAGCGACGAAGAGGCUCUUCAUCGCGCGGUUUCGUUGGUGAAUAUUCAUUUCAGUUGGUUCUUGAUUGGUGUCACUGUUUUUGCAGUGUCGUUCUACUUGAUUAUGGCUAUGUGUUAUGGUGGAAAAACAGUGGAGUAUGAUUCAUUGAUGAAGGAGGAACAUUACCGUGAUGAAGAUGGCUUGAAAAAUUUCGAUGUUGAAUCACAAUGUCAAAAGAUCAUCGCAUGCAAGGAAGAGCAAACUUGAAGAUCUUGGUGACAUUAAUUAAUGUUGUCUUUGUAAUUGUAAGGGGUUGGGGUCUUACUUUGAUGUGGAACUUCAAUGUUCUUGAUCAUAAUCAAAAUUUAAUAGAUUUUUAUAUCA